GUACUUAUCUCUGCUCCAUGUCGCGUCUCCCUAUAAAUGCAUCUUCUGCAACCCGCACCUUAUUUCUUUUCAUCUCCGAAAGAGAGCGAGGGAGAGAGGUGAAAGCGAUAUCUCCUUCUUCCAGGGCUCUGAAAACGUCUGUUCCAAUCUCUCGCGGGGUGCGGCGACGGCGGCGGUGGCGGGACCGCGAUGUCUUCUCUCAGUAGAGAGCUCGUGUUCUUGAUCUUACAGUUCCUUGAUGAGGAGAAGUUCAAAGAGACCGUUCAUAAGCUCGAGCAGGAAUCGGGUUUCUUCUUCAACAUGAAAUACUUCGAGGAUGAGGUUCAUAAUGGGAAUUGGGAUGAAGUCGAGCGGUACCUUUCGGGUUUCACCAAAGUCGACGAUAAUCGCUAUUCGAUGAAGAUCUUCUUCGAAAUCCGGAAGCAGAAAUACCUCGAGGCGUUGGAUAAGCAUGACCGUUCAAAGGCAGUGGAGAUCUUAGUAAAGGAUUUGAAAGUUUUUUCUUCCUUUAAUGAAGAAUUGUUCAAGGAAAUUACGCAGCUUUUGACGUUGGAAAAUUUCCGGGAAAACGAACAACUUUCAAAGUAUGGGGAUACGAAGUCUGCAAGGACAAUAAUGCUAGUUGAGCUCAAGAAGCUGAUCGAAGCAAAUCCUCUUUUUCGUGACAAAUUGCAGUUUCCUAACCUCAAAAGUUCGAGGCUACGAACUCUCAUCAAUCAGAGUUUGAAUUGGCAGCACCAGCUUUGUAAAAACCCAAGGCCCAAUCCAGAUAUUAAAACCCUUUUUGUUGAUCAUACUUGUGGACAACCAAAUGGUGCACGUGCCCCAUCACCUGCAAACAAUCCACUACUUGGAUCCAUACCCAAAGCUGGAGGAUUUCCUCCAUUGGGCGUACAUGGGCCUUUUCAACCUGCACCAGCGCCAGUUCCGGCUCCUCUUGCUGGUUGGAUGUCUAAUCCGUCUACAGCACCCCAUCCUGCGGUUUCUGGAGGAGGUAUUGGACUUGGUACUCCUACAAAUCCAGCUGCGAUUUUGAAGCACCCUCGGACCCCACCAACUAAUAACCCUGCUGUGGAUUACCCAUCCGCGGAUUCUGACCAUGUAUCUAAAAGAACGAGGCCCAUUGGCAUUUCUGAUGAGGUAAAUCUGCCCGUAAAUAUAUUACCAGUAUCCUACUCUGGCCAGAGUCAUAGUCAGGGCUUGUACUCACCUGAUGACUUGCCAAAGACCGUGGCACGGUUACUGAAUCAGGGUUCAUCUCCCAUGAGCAUGGAUUUUCAUCCCAUUCAUCAGACUAUACUUCUAGUUGGUACAAAUGUAGGGGACGUUGCACUGUGGGAAGUUGGUUCGAGGGAGAAAUUGGUUCUAAAAAAUUUCAAGGUUUGGGAUCUUGGAGCAUGCUCCAUGCCCCUCCAGGCUGCUCUAGUUAAAGAUCCUGCUGUGUCUGUUAACCGUAUAACAUGGAGCCCUGAUGGCACUCUAUUUGGAGUUGCAUAUUCAAGGCACAUUGUGCAAAUAUAUUCUUACCAUGGUGGUGAUGACAUACGGCAUCACUUGGAAAUUGAUGCUCAUGUAGGUGGUGUCAACGAUCUUGCUUUCUCCCACCCCAAUAAACAACUAUGUGUCAUAACCUGUGGAGAUGACAAGACCAUUAAGGUGUGGGAUGCAUCUACUGGUGCCAAACAGUACACUUUUGAAGGCCAUGAAGCUCCUGUUUAUUCUGUUUGUCCUCAUUACAAGGAAAACAUCCAGUUCAUCUUUUCAACAGCAUUAGACGGAAAGAUAAAGGCAUGGUUGUAUGACAAUUUGGGAUCCAGAGUUGAUUAUGAUGCUCCAGGUCACUGGUGCACUACAAUGGCUUAUAGUGCGGAUGGUUCAAGGCUGUUCUCAUGUGGGACCAGUAAAGAUGGAGAAUCAUACAUUGUUGAAUGGAAUGAAAGUGAAGGUGCUGUGAAGAGGACCUAUCAAGGGUUCAGAAAACGUUCCUUGGGUGUGGUGCAAUUUGAUACCACUCGGAAUCGGUUUUUGGCUGCUGGUGAUGAAUUUUUAAUCAAAUUUUGGGAUAUGGAUAAUGUUAACCUUCUGACUACUAUUGAUGCUGAUGGCGGCCUACCAGCAAGCCCACGUAUCCGUUUCAACAAGGAAGGGACAUUGUUGGCUGUUUCUGCAAAUGACAAUGGGUUUAAAAUCUUGGCAAAUGCAGAUGGACUACGGUUACUCCGCACAUUUGAAAAUCGUUCUUUUGCAUCUGAGUCUGUGACUAAGCCUCAAGUAAACCCGAUGGCAGCUGUUUCUGCUGCAACUAGUACUGGACUUACAGAUAGAGGUGCACCUGUAGUUGCCAUGGCUGGAAUGGUUUGUAAUGGCGACGCGAGAAAUCUGGUUGAUGUAAAACCUAGAAUUACUGAUGAAUCUAUUGAAAAAUCAAAGAUUUGGAAACUCACUGAAAUUAAUGAACCAGCACAAUGCCGAUCCCUGAGGCUUCCUGAGAACUUGAGGACAAGCAAGAUAUCAAGGUUGAUUUACACCAACUCGGGGGUUGCCCUUUUGGCUCUUGCUUCCAAUGCCAUCCAUCUACUUUGGAAAUGGCAGCGAAGUGAUCGUAAUUCAAGUGGCAAGGCAACAGCCAGUGUUCCCCCCCAAUUGUGGCAACCGCCAAGUGGCAUUUUGAUGACCAAUGACAUAACUGACACAAACCCUGAGGAAGCUGUCCCCUGCUUUGCUUUGUCAAAGAAUGAUUCCUACGUCAUGUCAGCAUCAGGAGGAAAAAUUUCCCUGUUCAAUAUGAUGACCUUUAAGACGAUGACAACAUUCAUGCCACCACCACCUGCAGCAACAUUCCUUGCAUUCCAUCCUCAAGACAACAACAUAAUUGCUAUAGGCAUGGAUGACUCCUCAAUCCAAAUAUAUAAUGUCCGUGUUGAUGAGGUCAAAAGCAAGCUUAAAGGACACUCGAAAAGAAUCACUGGCCUUGCCUUUUCACAUGUAUUGAAUGUGCUGGUGUCAUCCGGAGCUGAUGCUCAGCUUUGUGUAUGGGGGACUGACGGAUGGGAAAAGCAGAAGAGCAGAUUUUUGCAGGUCCCAUCUGGUCGGACGCCCACCGCACUUUCAGAAACACGUGUACAGUUUCAUCAGGAUCAGAUACACUUUCUGGCCGUUCAUGAGACUCAGAUUGCGAUAUAUGAAACAACAAAACUCGAAUGUGUAAAGCAGUGGGUCCCACGGGAAUCUUCUGCACCAAUCUCCCAUGCUACAUUCUCAUGUGACAGCCAGUUAGUAUAUGCUAGCUUUCUGGAUGCAAAUGUGUGCGUGUUUACCGCUGCAAAUCUCAGGCUCCGCUGUCGGAUUAAUCCAACUGCAUAUCUUCCAGCUAACAUCAGCUCAACUGUGUACCCCCUCGUGAUCGCGGCACAUCCAUCAGAACCCAAUCAGUUUGCUGUGGGGCUAACAGAUGGUGGGGUCCAUGUUUUGGAGCCACUGGAAUCAGAGGGAAAAUGGGGCGUGCCCCCACCUGCAGAGAAUGGGUCAGCCAGCAGCAUGCCUACACCAGCUGUGACUGGAGCAUUGUGUUCAGAUCAACCCCAAAGGUGACAGAAAGCUGCACUCGCCAACAAGUCUUUGCUUUCAGCUUAGCCCCUCCACUACUUAAAGAAGUGGCAAACAUGUGUAAGUGUUGCAACCUGCCUUUGGCUGCAAUAUUUGUUGGAUGUGCUUCUUUUUGCCCUCGUUUUUUUUUUUUUAAUGGUUAAAUGCUUGCAGUGGAGGGGUUUGGAAUAUAUAUAUAUAUAUAUGAUUUCAUUUGAGAGCAGAUGUAGAAAUGUAGCUUAGGCUUUUAACUCAUUAUAUUAUUAUAACAUGUGAGAUAUAGCAGGUAACCCAACAUGCAAGCUUUGGUAUUCCAUUGUUAUUUACAGAUUAUUGUCUCUGAUGUUAAUAUACUACUAUGCUGGUGAAUUUGGGUCUGA